AUGGUGCUCUCUACACUCUCUCGAGGAGCUCUCCGCGGCUCCGUCGCCGCCGGCGUCAGCGGCAAGCGAUCCCUAUCCGACGUAGCAAUCACACGCACUGGCAAAACCAUUCUGCGAGUACAGGGCGGCCGGCUAACGGCCGGUGUAGGACACACUGCGACGGUAUUCGGCGCGACGGGCCAAUUGGGCCGGUAUAUCGUGAACCGCCUCGCCCGUCAAGGAUGCACCGUCGUCGUUCCGUUCCGCGAAGAAAUGACGAAGCGACACCUGAAGCUGACUGGAGACCUCGGCCGCGUUAUUUUCAUUGAGUAUGAUCUUCGCAACACUGCUUCUAUCGAGGCAAGCGUCAGGCACUCAGACGUUGUCUACAACCUGGUUGGCCGAGACUAUCCUACCAAGAACUUUACACUGGAGGAUGUGCACGUCGAGGGAACUGAGCGCAUCGCCGAGGCCGUUGCCAAGUAUGACGUUGAUCGUUAUAUCCACGUCUCGUCUCACAACGCCAACCCCAACUCAACCUCCGAAUUCUUUGCGACAAAGGGACGAGGAGAACUCGUUGCCAGAAGCAUCUUCCCCGAGACCACCAUUGUACGACCGGCCCCCAUCUUCGGAUUCGAGGACAAUCUUCUGCUGAAGCUCGCCUCCGUUCUCAACCUCUUUACCGCCAACAACAUGCAGCAGAAGUUCUGGCCAGUUCACUCCAUCGACGUCGGCGCUGCCCUGGAGAAGAUGCUGUAUGAUGACUCCACGGCCGGCAAGACCUUUGAGCUCUACGGACCCAAGCAAUACAGCCUGGCGGAGAUUGCGGCCUUGGUGGACAAGGAAAUCUUCAAGAAGCGACGACACAUCAACGUGCCCAAGCCCAUUCUGAAGCCGGUGGCUGGACUCCUCAACAAGUACCUGUGGUGGCACACCCUGUCUGCGGACGAGGUGGAGCGAGAGUUCAUCGACCAGGUCAUUGACCCUGAAGCAAGCACAUUUAGCGACCUCGGUGUUGAGCCGGGCGACAUCGCCAACUUUACGUACCACUACCUGCAAGGGUUCCGAAGCUCCAACUACUACGACCUGCCCCCUGCCACGGAGAAGGAGAAGAGGGAGGACAAGAAGUACAUCCACGUCUUGGAUGAGCUGUAA